CAAAUUUCCAAUUGCAUUCUUCUCUUCCUAAACUCAUGGCCGAAUCACUUCUUUUCAGCUUCGCAGAAUCGCUCAUUGGGAAGCUUGCCACUCCUGCCGUUCAAGAAGCUUCUUUGGCGUUUGGUGUACAUAGUGAGUUACAGCAGAUGAAAGCAACUAUGGCACUCAUCAAAGGUGUGCUUUUAGAUGUUGAGCUGAAGAAUUCGCAUAGCAGUGCGCUGAGUGAAUGGCUGAGACAGGUCAAGGGCGUGUUUUCUGAUGCUGAAGACAUAGUCGAUGAUUUUGAGUGCGAAGCAUUAAGGAAGCAUGUUGUCAACACCUACGGUAGCUGCUCAACAAAGGUACGCCGUUUCUUCUCAUCAAGUAAUCAUGUUGUUUAUCGUCUUAGAAUGGCACAUCACAUUCAAGACAUCAACACCAGGUUGGCCAAACUUGCAGCUGAUAGGAACAUGUUUGGCCUUCAAAUCAUUGACCAUGAUACACGUGUUGUGCACAUGAGGGAAAUGACUCAUUCUCAUGUAAACCCUUCCAAUGUUAUCGGGAGGGAACAUGAUAAACAAGAAAUAAUAAAACUUCUCUUGAAAGAUGAUCAUGGCCAAAGUCUCUCUGUUAUUCCCAUUGUUGGAAUGGGAGGCUUGGGAAAAACCACACUUGCUAAGUUGGUCUUCAAUGACACAAACAUUGGUUGUUUUCAGUUGAAGAGGUGGGUAUGUGUCUCUAAUGAUUUUGAACUUAGGAAUGUGCUCAUUAAAAUCCUCAAUUCUGCUCCAAACCCAACUCGGGAAAACUUCAAUAACUUUGAGACGGAGCAACUUCAAAACCUUCUGAGAACUAUACUUGAAGAUAAGAAGUUCUUGCUUGUGUUGGAUGACGUGUGGAACGAGAAUCCUGCACGAUGGCAUGAGUUGAAGGAAAUAAUAGAUGUGGGUGUUAAAGGGAGUAAAGUCCUAGUGACCACUCGUAGUCAUGCAGUAGCUGCCACAAUGCGCACUAAACCAUCAAAUUUGUACCUUCUUCGAUGUCUCUCUGAAGAGGAUUCUCUUUCUCUAUUUGUGAAAUAUGCUUUUGAUGAUGGAGAAGAAAACAAGCAUCCACAACUAUUGGAGAUUGGGAAAGAAAUAGUGGAAAAAUGUGGUGGGUUACCUUUAGCAGUGAAAACGGUUGGGAGUUCAUUGUUCUCAAGGUUUGAUAAGAAAGAGUGGGAGUCUAUAAGAGAAAAUGAGAUUUGGAAUUUAAAACAAAAUGAAGAAGGCAUUUUGCCUGCUCUCAAACUAAGUUACGAUCAACUCCCUUCAUAUUUAAAACCUUGUUUUGCUCUUUUCUCCCUUUUCCCUAAGGAUGUUACUAUUCGUUGUUCUCAAAUUUCUACCAUGUGGGAUGCACUUGGUUUUCUUCCGCCCCCAAAGGACAGUGAAUCAAUGGUGGAUGUUUCAAAUCAUCUUCUGUAUGAGCUAUGGUCAAGAUCUUUUCUUUCAGGGUAUGUUGACUUGGGGGGCGAUUCCGCAUUUACGUUACAUGACUUGGUGUAUGAUCUUGCAGUUCAUAUUGCAAAAGGUGAGUUUGAAAGAAUAGAUCUCCGCAAUAAAAAAAAUUCUGAGAAUGCCCGACAUUUAGUCUUUAUGGAAAAUAAUUUGCUUGCUCAAGCUUUUCCUCACGAGGGUUUAAGAAGUGCGUACCUUCCGCUGGAAAUGAACAAUGAAGCUUUCUUGAUUAGAUUGGUGUCAAGAUGCAAAUACUUGAGGAUUUUAGAAUUAUAUUCUUCUGAAUUCGAGAGUUUGCCUUACUUUAUUGGAGAGUUGAAACAUUUAAGAUAUCUUAAUCUCCAUGAUAGUAAAAAACUCAGGAGACUCCCUGAUUCAGUCUGCGAACUUCAAAAUUUGCAAACUUUGGAUCUCUUAGGAUGUGUAGAGCUACAAGAACUACCCAAAGGAAUGAAAAAUCUAAUCAGCCUUCGGAAUCUUCGUAUAACCACCAAACAAGUUGAUUUUCCAGAGAAAGACAUUGCAGUUUUGACUUCUUUAGAAAUUUUAAAUAUUAGUUAUUGUAAUAAUUUGGAGUCAUUGUUCAAUGGUAUACAACUAUCCACUCUUCAAAGAUUAACCUUAAUUGGAUGUGAAAGUCUAAAGUGGGUGUCGUUUCAGGCCAUUAGAAAUAUAAAUGUUUUGAUUAUCUCUGGGUGCGACAAGUUGGAAUUGUCAAUGGGUAUUGGAAGUAAAAUCCCCUGUUCAAGGUUAAAGUAUGUUUUUCUUAAAGACUUGCCGCAACUGGUCACGUUGCCUCAGUGGAUUCAAGGAUCUGCAAACUCUUUACAAAGCUUAUUUAUUGAUGGUUGCAUCAAUCUUAAGGAGCUUCCCGAUUGGCUACCAACUCUAAUUUAUCUCAAAAUUCUUAGUAUUAGCAGAUGUCCAAAUCUGUUGUCACUGCCUGACAACAUGCAUCAGCUCACAAAUCUUGAAUAUUUAAGAAUCAGUGGUUGUCCUGAAUUAUGGAAAAGAUUCAAGCCAGGAGUUGGGCAGGAUUGGUACAAGAUAUCACACAUCAAACAUGUUUACAAUCUUCAAGAAAAACAAGAUGAAGAGGAAGAAGAAGAAGAUGACGAAAGAAGAAUAUUCUCGGAAUAACACGAUAAAAAGUUGAAGGGGCUAUACCACUUUCUCGGUCUCUCCAACUCAUAAGGGACAAAUCUAGCAGGAAGCUGUGAAAUAUCUUAUUUACAUAUAAAUUUUAUAAACGUGUGCAAUUUCUUUUUCACUUAUGAACUUUCAGACCAAUGUGUUUUUUAUACAAAAAGUGUUGAUAAGGUCAAUAUUUUGUAAUAGUACAGUGCAAACAUCCAUUGUAUAUCAAAUAAAGAACAAUAUUAUAUGUCUCUUUUA